GGGGAGCUGGAGGAGGGGGAGGGUCUCUCGCGCAGCAGGUGGCGGGGAGUUACAGCCUCACCUGUGGGAAAAAUAUAGAGCCCCGCAGCGCCGGCGACGCCUCCUCUCCUCUCUCGGCUCGAAACGCGUCGCUGCUGCCGCCGUCUUGUCUGCUUGCUGGCUGCUGCUGCUUCUGCUCCUGGUACCUUGCAGCCAGGAGGGUUUCUUUCCCUUUCUCCUAAAGGCAGGAUGGUGGAUCUGGAGAGCGAGGUCCCUCCGCUUCCUCCGAGGUACAGGUUCCGGGAUUUGUUGCUCGGCGAUCAGGGAUGGCAGAACGACGACAGAGUACAAGUUGAAUUCUACAUGAAUGAAAACACAUUUAAAGAGAGGCUAAAGUUAUUUUUCAUCAAAAACCAAAGAUCAAGCCUCCGGAUACGCUUGUUCAAUUUUUCACUCAAGCUGCUUAGCUGUUUGUUGUACAUAGUACGAGUGCUCCUGGAUGAUCCAUCUCAACAACACGGAUGGUCGCUUAUCUUUUGGGUGAACAGAAGCUUACCUUUAUGGGGAUUACAGGUGUCGGUGGCUUUGAUAAGUCUAUUGGAAACAACACUCCUGAGCUAUCUCAGCUAUAAAGGAAACCUAUGGGAACAAGUUGUGCGGAUUCCUUUCCUGUUGGAAAUUAUUAAUGCGAUCCCUUUCAUAAUUACAAUUUUCUGCCCUGCAUUAAGAAACUUAUUUAUCCCAGUGUUUUUAAACUGCUGGCUUGCCAAACAUGCUUUGGAGAAUAUGAUUAAUGAUCUCCAUAGAGCCAUCCAACGCACGCAGUCUGCAAUGUUUAACCAAGUUCUGAUUUUAAUAUCCACGUUGCUGUGUCUUAUCUUUACAUGUAUUUGUGGAAUUCAACAUCUGGAACGAGCAGGAAACAAGCUGACACUCUUUGACUCCCUUUAUUUCUGCAUAGUGACAUUUUCCACUGUGGGCUUUGGGGAUGUUACUCCCAAGAUCUGGCCUUCAAAACUGCUCGUUGUCAUUAUGAUCUGUGUUGCCCUUGUGGUGUUGCCAAUACAGUUUGAACAGCUCGCUUAUUUGUGGAUGGAAAGACAAAAAUCAGGUGGAAAUUAUAGUCGACACAGAGCUCAGACAGAAAAACAUGUGGUGCUGUGUGUCAGUUCUCUUAAGAUUGACCUGCUCAUGGAUUUCCUAAACGAAUUCUAUGCUCAUCCUAGGCUACAGGACUACUAUGUUGUCAUAUUAUGCCCCACUGAGAUGGAUGCUCAGGUUCGAAGAGUGCUCCAGAUUCCAAUGUGGUCCCAAAGAGUUAUCUAUCUUCAAGGUUCUGCGCUGAAGGAUCAGGAUCUGCUAAGAGCUAAGAUGGAUGAUGCUGAGGCCUGUUUCAUUCUAAGCAGCCGCUGCGAAGUGGACCGAACUGCCGCAGAUCAUCAGACUAUUUUACGAGCCUGGGCUGUCAAAGAUUUUGCACCAAACUGUCCUCUCUACGUUCAGAUACUGAAGCCUGAAAACAAGUUCCACAUCAAAUUUGCAGAUCACGUUGUGUGCGAAGAGGAAUUCAAAUAUGCAAUGUUAGCUUUAAACUGUAUUUGCCCGGCUACAUCCACACUCAUCACCUUGUUAGUUCAUACCUCAAGAGGGCAGGAGGGCCAGCAAUCCCCAGAACAGUGGCAGAAAAUGUACGGCAGAUGCUCUGGUAAUGAAGUGUAUCACAUUAUCCUGGAGGAGAGUGUAUUUUUUGCUGAAUAUGAGGGAAAGAGUUUCACAUAUGCAUCUUUCCAUGCACACAAAAAGUUUGGUGUCUGUCUAAUUGGUGUCAGGAGGGAAGACAACAAAAAUAUUUUGCUGAACCCAGGGCCUCGUUAUAUCAUGAGCUCUUCAGAUAUAUGUUUCUAUAUCAACAUCACAAAAGAAGAAAAUUCAGCUUUUAAGAAGCAGGAGCAGCAUCGGAGAAAUCACAUGUCAAGGUCGUUUUAUCAUGGUCCUUCUCGGUUGCCAGUGCACAGCAUAAUUGCUAGUAUGGGUACUGUGGCUAUAGAUUUGCAAGAUACAAGCUGCAGAUCUCCGAGCGUGGCUACCUUAACCCUUCCUUCAGAGGCAGGAAAAACAGGCAGGAGGCCUAGCAUAGCACCAGUUCUGGAGGUUGCUGACACCUCAGCAAUUCAUACCUGCGACCUCUUAAGUGACCAGUCAGAAGAUGAAACAACUCCCUCAGACGAAGAAGUUUCGAAUGGCCUUGAGUAUCUGAAAGGCUACCCUCCUUACUCCCCGUACAUAGGAAGUUCUCCCACCUUCUGCCAUUUGCUUCAUGAAAAAGUGCCGUUUUGCUGCCUAAGGUUAGAUAAGGGAUGCCAACAUAAUUACUACGAAGAUGCCAAAGCCUAUGGAUUCAAAAACAAAAUCAUAAUAGUGGCUGCCGAGACUGCUGGGAAUGGUCUCUACAACUUUAUCGUUCCUCUCAGGGCUUAUUACAGACCAAAGAAAGAACUCAAUCCGAUAGUAUUACUACUAGAUAAUCCGCCAGAUAUGCAUUUUCUGGAUGCAAUCUGUUGGUUUCCAAUGGUUUACUACAUGGUGGGCUCUAUUGACAACCUAGAUGAUUUGCUAAGGUGUGGUGUGACCUUUGCUGCAAACGUGGUCGUGGUGGAUAAGGAAAGCACUAUGAGUGCUGAAGAGGACUAUAUGGCAGAUGCUAAAACUAUUGUAAAUGUACAAACCCUCUUUAGGUUGUUCUCUAGUCUAAGCAUUAUAACUGAAUUAACUCACCCAGCCAACAUGAGAUUCAUGCAAUUCAGGGCCAAAGACUGCUACUCUCUAGCUCUGUCAAAACUGGAGAAGAAAGAACGAGAGAAGGGCUCCAAUCUGGCAUUCAUGUUUCGAUUGCCCUUUGCUGCUGGUAGAGUUUUUAGUAUCAGCAUGUUGGACACCCUGCUGUAUCAGUCCUUUGUUAAAGAUUACAUGAUAUCUAUCACAAGACUUCUGCUGGGAUUAGAUACUACACCAGGAUCUGGCUUUCUUUGUUCUAUGAAAAUCACAGAAGACGAUUUGUGGAUCAGAACGUACGCCAGGCUCUAUCAGAAGCUUUGUUCUUCUACGGGGGAUAUUCCUAUUGGAAUCUAUAGAACCGAAUCGCAGAAACUUGCAACCUCUGAGUCUCAAAUUUCCAUCAGUGUGGAAGAAUGGGAGGACACUAAGGAUAACAAAGAACCGUUUAACUGCCGUAGCAACCAUCGUAACUCAACAUCGAGUGAUCAGUCUGACCAUCCUUUGUUGCGACGGAAAAGUAUGCAGUGGGCUCGGCGGCUGAGCCGAAAAGUGCCAAAGCACUCGGGGAAAACUGCAGAGAAAAUAAGUCAGCAGAGAAUGAAUCUUUACAGAAGGUCAGAAAGGCAGGAACUUGCUGAACUGGUGAAAAACAGAAUGAAACAUUUGGGACUUUCAACAGCAGGAUAUGAUGAAAUGAACGAUCAUCAAAACACUCUUUCUUAUAUUCUGAUCAAUCCUUCUCCAGACACACGACUUGAACUGAACGAUGUUGUAUAUUUGAUCCGCCCAGAUCCAUUGUCAUAUGUUCCAAACACUUCAUCCAGCCGGAAAAACAGCUUCUGCAAUGCCGUUGCACAGGACACCAGGGAAGAAACACAGCUUUGACGCUUCACACGGAUCAUUGAUGAAAAGACGUUUUUAUACAAAUAGCUGUUUUGAAAUUGAGUGAAAAUAAGAUGAUGGAUUUAUUAUAUCCAAGCCUUUAGGCAUAAUGGUCAGCUAACACACACCGGGCAACUACUUUACUGCAACCACAGGAACGAUUAAGAAAAACUCGGUCUGCUUUCAAAACAACUAAUCUGUCUUGGAGAUAAAAAAUAACAAAGAAGAGACUAAAAUCAAACAAGUGUGCCCAGAGUGUUGCUCAGUGAAGGAGGAUUUUAAUGGGGAAUCUAAAUGGAUUAUUUUUUCAAAGAGAUAUUAGAAAUUAAUAUAUUCUUUUCUUAUCCUGGUUUUCGUCAGUUGCUUUGGGGAAGUGGCUUAAUUCUUAACCAUGCUGUGUACAGCAUUCAUUGUGAUUUUUCUGUCCCACAACCAUAAACUUCUGGUUGUUGCAGUUAAAUUAAUAAUCAAAGGAAGUUACAGGCAAGUCCUAACAUCUUAAAACUGGAAUUCAAAGCGAAUGUUCUGAAAAUUCGCUGUGGGGUGACAAUAGCCCAGUAUGCAUUUCCGCUGUCUUUUAGUUUGUCGCAUUUCAUAAUAUAGUCUUUUUUCAACCAAUUUAAAUUCCUGGCUAAUUUAAAAUAUUGUUUGUUUGGAUUUGUAGCCCUCAGUUAAAGACUCAGGGCAAAUGUAGCAUCACAAACAAAAAUGCAGCAAUCAAUUUCUGUACUAGAGACUCACAGUCCAAAGGAGAACAGUGUGGCAAACAGCUCAGCAUUGUUCCCUGAGUUUGUAAGCCAGCAACCUGGUAACCGCAUUCCUGCUUGCUGUCAAUGUACGAAGACGUAGAAGUUCAGAAGAUUUUUAUCAGACUCAGGCAGAAAAUGAAGCUAUUUUGUACACUGGAUUGGGGGGGAGGGUUUUUGUGAAGCGUCUGUCACGAAGAAGGAAGUGCAGAAUGCUUGGGGGCACCUGCUACUAUAGCACAGCUGAAGUUAAAGAAAUGGCUUGUUCAGUUCCUUGGUCACCAUUUAAGGACAGGAUAUUGUGCAUUGUUUUAAAAAGCAAGAUGUAUGGAAGGUACGAUGGCCUAUGAAAUGUUCAGACAACAUGUAGCUCAAGGUCCACAGGCUUGUAAUCUUCCUACAUAAAACGUUUCUGCCAGACAGCUUAGCACCAUGCUGGUACUGUAUGGAGAAGGAUUUGUCCACAAGACAGUCAUUCUGUAAGAAAACGAGAGAACAGUUUUUUCCACUGGAGAAGGAGCUUUGAAAGACG